GCGCUGUCCGGCCGCGAUGGCGUCUUCUCCUCCUUCCGCGUCUCCGCCGACGCCGGUGCAGAUCCGGGAGGCGAACGCGCACCUGGCGGCGCUGCACGGGCGCGUGGCCGAGCUGGAGGCGCGCCUGGCCGCCGCCGAGGAGACCGUCCGGGGCCAGGCCAAGAGCCUCAUCCGGAAGGACGGAGAGACCCGCAGGGCGAUGGACGAGCUGGGCCGGGAGAAGGCCAGGGAAAUUGCCGCCCUGGAGGAGAAGCUGCGCUCGUCCGAAGACCGCGUGCAGGAGCUGCUGGGCGUCAUCCGGGAGAAGGAGGGCCUGAUCCUGCGCCUCCGCCACCGCAGCCGCCUGCUGAGUGAGAUCUGCCGCUGCCGGCCCGUGCUGGACACCCUCCUGGCCCAGAUGUCCGAAGGGGAGAGGCUGGGGCACGACAGCGGCGGCAGUUCCCCGGACUCGAGCGGCCACUUGCUGGACUCGAACUGCGUCCCGGACGGCGCCAGGGACUUCUCCCUGGGCGACGACCCCCAGGAUUCAGACAAGGCUCUUUUUGGGACGACGGUCUGAGCACAGGUGCGAGCCGCUGUUGGAGGGGUCCGGAGUGGGGUGGGGAAGCCCCUGUUGAAGCCGGACAUUUUGGAAUUAUUUGCACCCUCCUGGCAUCAACCGGUUCGCCCUCCGGUCUUGUCCUGCACCUAAAGACAAUUUGCUUGAGGACUAGCAACUUGACUUCUCUCUCCCCUCCCGACGGCAGCUGAAUGAGCGUUCCUGGAAAGCGGGGGGGUUCGGAGAAGCCUGCAGGAUCAGGCCAAAUGGGGGCCCACCUGCUCCCACAGCCUCUCCUCACAGGAUGCCGGCCAGCUGGGAAGCCCAGAUCCGAGUGCGAAUGCUGCAGAUUCAGAAGCGUCGCUGCCUCUGGCCCCUGGUGGGCAGAGCAGAGCCGUUCUGGCUUAGCAGCCAUCUAGAUAGCCCUUUCUCCCCUUCCAGGGAUUUGUCUAGUCCUCUUUUUGAAGCCAUCUAAACCGCGGGGGUCCUCUCCCUGUGGCAGUGAGUUCCACAGGUUAACUGGGUCGCUUUUUGUGUAUUUCUCAGCAGCCGUGGCUCACGAUUCUGCACACCAGCACCAAAUAUUUUUAAGGGAAGGUGUCUUUGGUGGCAUUUAAUGUGGGACUGACUGUGAUUUCCCCUCUCCGUGUUAACUCGUCUAGAGGAAUCUUGCCGUUCUGCAUUUUGGAAGGGAGUCCCGGGGGGUCAUCUAGUCCAACCCCCUGCGACGCAGGAAUCUUUUGCUCGAACUCAAGACCCUGAGUGUCUCAUGAGCUAUUCCGUCCCAGACCAGAAAUACAGGAACCUGAUCUCACCGUGCACCCUGAUUUUCCUGGACUGGGUGGGGGCCGUUACAGUCCCUGCGGCAGCUCUCCCCCCCCCCCUCUACCUCAGAUAAGUGCAGGGAGCAAGCCCCAGCUCGGGAGUCGGAGCACCUGCCUGGCAUGCAGAAGGAGCCCAGGGUGCCUGUUUAAAAAGGCUACCUCUAUUGACACCACAAGGACUGGAGAAGGCUAGUUUCUUAGGUUCCUCUUGCAGCCUUUAUUGAGGGCCAUGAGGUCUGGAAGCUUGGUUUUAGUUUAAAAAAGAGGUUGGGGGGAGCACAUGUUCUGCAUGCAGAACGUCCCAGGCUCAACCCCCUCCAACUCUAUGCAAGGCCAUUUCAUGUGUCCCAGUUUGAACCAUGAGAUCUGGAAACUUGUUUUUAAAGUUGGCGCCGGGCGUCUGGUAUCAGUGCAGCAUUCUAGAUUCCUAUUCACCCUUUUUAAUGGGAGAUAGCAUUCCCUUUUUUUUCCAGUGAUGUGUCUUAACAGGAAAAAAGGGCCUUCAAUUGGCCCUUUGGUUCCGAACAAUGGGGACUAGCAUCCUGCUGGUUUUUUUAAAGGAACUCGGGUCCCAGCCUUCUGCUGCCUGUCCGUGCUGGCAAUACUGACUUGGAUGGGGGUGGAUUCUCUUUCCCUUGGCCAUCUGUCAGGGAUUCUUUAGCUGCCGUUCCUUCAAUGCCCAGAGGGUUGGGCUAGAUGACCACUGGGAGCCCCUUCCAACUUCUGUGCUUCUUUGCCUCCAUUUCUAUUUUUUUUGUACCCAUUUCCUUGACUUACUCAUCAACCCAGAGCUCGAGAGACAGACUGUUACCACGUUCACAGGUCAACCUUGCGCCUGGCUUCACUUUCAAGUGCCUAUAACUCGGGGAUUUGUUACACCGGAAACCUCUAUUUAAAACUGUUCCUCUUCUGUUAGAGCCAAAUAAUAAACCUAUUUUGGUAUACUCUGAA